AUGGACACUGUUUAUGUGACUGUUCACGUGAUGCACCUGCUACUGGACAUGGACUCUGUUCACGUGAUGCAGCCCCUACAGUUGGACUCUGUUCAUAUGAUGCAGCACCUGCUGCACUUAGUCAUAGCCCAUGGACACUGUUUAUGUGACUGUUCACGUGAUGCACCUGCUGCUGAACAUGGACUCUGUUCACGUGAUGCAGCCCCUACAGUUGGACUCUGUUCACAUGAUGCAGCACCUGCUGCACUUAGUCAUGUAAAUACUGCACAUGAUCUCAACACAAAGCAUGGAGAAGAUAAGGAUAGUGAUGCUAGAGAUAUCUCAAGUGAUAAAGAUAAAGAGACGUGA